AUGGCUACGCGUACGAGUCUCUCUCUUUCGAGGAAACUCCUCCACCCGCGGCGCAGCUUCUCCAGCACGCGAACAGCCAAUGCAGAUGUCACCCAUGCGGUCAUUGGUGCGGGAGUGGUCGGUCUGGCAGUGGCCCGGGAAUUGGCAUCGAGAGAGGGCACAUCAACCAUUCUUCUGGAGAGACAUGAUGCGCCAGGCACGGAGACCAGUAGUCGCAAUUCGGAGGUCAUCCAUGCCGGGUUAUACUACGGACCCGAUACCUUGAAAACCAAGCUCUGCAUCAAAGGAAAAGAGAUGAUGUACGACCUAUGCGCGCGCAACGGACUCCCUCAUCGCAACACGAAGAAAUGGAUCGUCGCGCAGACAGAAGAGCAAUGGGCUGCGGCGCUGAAGACCCACGAGCACGCACAGAACAUAGGCGUACCGACGCGACUCAUCGGUCGCGCAGAGGCUCAGGCUCUCGAACCGGAGGUGCAGGCUCUCGCGGGGAUUGUCGAGAGUCCGACCACGGGCAUCGUAGACAGCCACUCCCUGAUGACCUAUCUGCAGGGCGACUUCGAGGACCGCGGCGGCGACUGUGCGUUUCUGACGAACGUAACGGGAAUCGAGGCGCUGGACGGAGGAAAGAACGGAUACCGGAUCACGGCGGUCACAAGCGACGGGACCGAGACGUCCAUUACAGCUGAGACGCUGAUCAACAGCGCCGGGAACUACGCGUGCUAUAUCAAUAACAUGAUCCUCCCGCCCGAGCGACACCGCACCCCGUACUACGCCAAGGGAACGUACUUCUCGUACGCGGCGUCGUUCCCGAAAACCUCCGUGCUGGUCUAUCCAGCCACGCUGCCCGGCCACGGCGGCCUGGGCACCCAUCUGACUCUAGACCUCGGCGGCCGCAUACGAUUCGGCCCCGACGUGGAAUGGGUGGACGACCCGAACGACCUCGUGCCCAGUCCCGCCCGGCUGGCGCAGGCGCUCCCGGAGAUCAAGGCCUAUCUACCCAACGUGGACCCGGAGGCAAUCAGUCUAGACUACUGUGGGAUCCGGCCCAAGCUGGGGCGCGGUGGGGCCGUGAACACCGGCAAAGGGUUCCAGGAUUUCAUCAUCCAGGAAGAGGAAGGCUUCCCUGGGUUCAUUAACCUGCUAGGAAUCGAGAGUCCAGGGCUGACGAGUUCGUUGGCGAUCGGGGAAAUGGUGGAAGGCCUGCUGUACGGGAGGAAAUGA